CGUCGUCGAGCGAGCACACACAGAGCACCAGCGGUGUGCUCUUCGUACGGGUAGCACAUAGAAGAAAAACUGAAAAAUUCACACAUAAAACUUUAUACCUACCGAAAAGAAAUUUUCACUAAACAGUUAUAGCUAUAUUCCGCUUUCAGAACAACCGUUAAGUAAAAUUAAAAAUAAUUAUAAUGCCUAGUUGCACAAGAAAGAAGUAUUAAAACUUAAACGAACAGUCGCUAUUUAAAGUUUUUUUUUUGACGAAUAAAACGAGAUUGCGUGAAAUUAACCCACAAAUAAAUGUAUUUAUAUCCAAUUGUGUGCUUAUAAAGUUUAAUUAAUCUAAAUAAUGAAAACGACAAAAAUGAAGUGAAAUAUAUCUGUAAAAAAUUCUCGUUAAAGCAGCAGGCAAAUUUGGGUAUCAAAAAUUUUCUAUAUCCAGCAUGUGAAAGAAAAAAUCAAAUCCCAUUUCCACGCACUUGCACAUACAUAUGUAUGUAUGCAUAUACAUACAUGCACAUACAUACCUACGUAUGUACAUACAUAUAUUAGAGAAAGAGCGCUAGCGGGGGGAACGAUCUGUGGUGCACGGCGAAAAUCAGCAAAGCUAGAGCGCAGCAAAUUUAUAUGUAUCGCAUAUAAAAUGGAAAAUUUCUUGUGAAAAUUGUGAGAAUUACGUUUUGCGACAAAAAAACAAAAAAAAAAAAUACGGCGAUCACUAACGCAUACCUUCAACGCAUUUAUUUGUAACGUUCUAACAAGUCUGCAUUUAAAAAUUUUUGCGUCUAAUUAAAAAGGGUGAAGGGCAAUAUACAUACAUAUGUAUUAGUAUGUAAGUGUGCCGUCCAUACCCGUGUAGAUUGAAGUCACAAAAUGUGAGUAGUGAAAUAGUGAAACACCUGAACUGUUGUCUGAAGCAGCAGCAGAGGAAAACAAAAGGAUCCAGUCCAUAUGUCUGGAUGAAGCAUACAAAUGGAUGAAAAUGCCGCUGUCGCUGUCAUUUUUGUCUUCGUCGUCGUCAUUUUGUCAUCAUUACUAUCGAACGCAAAAGCGACAAUUCAAACAACAAAGUCAGCAGAAACAACUAAUAAAGAAAGAAGUGCUAUCACAGAAGCCCAAAGUGAAAACCAGAAAGUCGGCAAAACAUAUUCAGCAAUAUCUGGUACAACGGAGGAUAGGACAAGUAGAGAAGAAAUCGCAGCAACUAGCACAUUCACAAAAACAACUCGUAAAAGACGUUGUGCGACGUUUCGUAAUCUGCCACUUUCACAAGCGGCUUUCGGCGGGGCUGGGGUAAUCGCAGUACCAGCAGUAGUGGCAACAGUACCACAAGCGAAAGCUUGAAGAGAGAUCUGCAUAAAUUCUGUGGUUUAAUUUCGUGGAGUUGAGUGAUUACGCCAUACAAAAACAACAACAACAACAGCACAGACGAUCUGAAAUCCUAUAGCCGAGACAUUCAGUCGCAACCAAACUUGAGGGACAUAAAACGGUGACUAAUUAAAGGAAAUUGCUGAAAUACCCAGAUAAGUGACGAAAAUUCAAAAAAAAAAAAAACCCCUUGCGGACAGAGAAAGAAAGAUAAGCGAAUUGAACUUGCCACCGUGGAUUAUCGCUGUCGUCGUUAUUUUGGUGUGUUCGCGCCGCCAACGUGCGACCCAGCGAUACGUCCGAUAUUCGAAAGAAUCCACACAGAACUCGCAAAAUGGCGGAUGGUGGACAUACUUUCGUAAAGAAGACAUUUGGAAAGCCAACGUACUGUCAUCACUGUUCGGAUCUAAUUUGGGGUAUCAUUCAGAUCGGUUACAUUUGCGAAGUGUGCAACUUCGUCAUACAUGAUCGCUGUGUAUCAAGUGUGGUUACGCCAUGUUCCGGUAUUGCUCCCUGUAUCAUAAAGAAUCCUGUUGCUCACUGCUGGUCUGAACCGACUCAUCAUAAAAAGAAAUUCUGCACCGUUUGCCGUCGACGAUUAGAUGACAGUCCCGCGGUGCAUUGUUUAAUUUGCGAAUAUUUCGCACAUAUUGAGUGCCAAGAUUUUGCUGUGCCUGAUUGCACUGAGAAUGCGACGUACGUGCCUGGCAAGGAAUUGCAGAGUGUAAAACAUCAGCAUCACUGGCGGGAGGGCAAUCUACCACCGACGUCCAAAUGCGCCUACUGCAAGAAAACGUGCUGGUCAUCGGAAUGCCUGACAGGCUACCGCUGCGAAUGGUGUGGCAUGACAACACAUGGGGGAUGUAGAAUGUACCUGUCGACCGAAUGUAAUUUUGGUGUACUCCAACCAAUCUACUUAUCCCCACAUUCGGUCUCUAUACCGCGUACCGAGGUGCCAAUUGAAGCUAUUAUAGGCGUACAAGUCAAAUCAAAAACUGCAUUAGUACGAGACUAUUCGUGUCCUGAUCUGAGAACAAUAGAUUGCCUUGCAAUCAGCUCAUCCGCAAACAGCAUGAUCGCAAUUGAAUGCACUGAAAGAAAAGAAAUUAAAGAUGCAAAUAAUACUCCUGAAUUAAGUUUAAAAGAGAUUUUAUUUAUUGAAAGACAACGGCGAGAGAAAUCAAAACAAAAUUUUCUACUUUCAUCUUCCCCUCGGUCCAUUACUCCCUCAUCGCUAUCACCGGUUGCCACACCAACAUCGCCUUCACCCUUAUCAACACUUUAUCCGCAAUUAUCACACGUUUCGCAUUCAGUUCGAAGUUCAGAACACGAAGAUGACGAUGAACAGUGCAAGCAUGUGGACACUUCUCUAUGCCACGAUUUCAAUGAGGACAGUGCUAUACAAAUGGGCAGCGCGACAACAUCGAGCCAAAUAUAUUAUACCAACUUCCUGCGGCGUACACGGCCAAUAUCGCGCAAGCACCUUUCUUCAAAUACGGAGGACGAGGAAGAGGAUGGGGGUGUAUGUGAUGUGAGUGGCGGCGAAAUCAGCGACGAAUAUGAUAAUUUUGAGAUUAACUCAGCAGAAAGCACGUUUCGCAAAGCUGGCGAUCGAUUAGUCGGUAAAGAAGUUACUAGGGUAACUGGCGGUAGUUCAGAAACUGGAGCGAAGCCAGGUAAAGAACCACGCCGCGACUGUUUCUAUGAAACUUCUGAUACAGGCGGCGAAGUAACGACUACUGACGAUUUUGACAUUGACUCCAGUAUGAAUCUUAUAAGUAAUUUAAGCUUUAACAGUAGUAAUAGUAACACAUCGAUAGAGAAUCGUUAUAGAUUAUGUGAUAAACACAAAAAUGCUCAAAACGUGCCAUUAGCAGUAAGUGCCCACGAAACGCCACCAAUUAUCGCCACCGAAACAUUGGUUAGGCAUGCACCGUCUACUCAAAAAAGUGGUCGAGGUAACGUACACGAAAAAUUCUCUAAGACUGGUGCUUUAUUGAAAGCAAAAACACACAACCUCAACCCAUUCAAGGGUAUUCCAGCUAAGGGCGGCUCUAUCAGCUGCUCGCCUAAUUCCAGCGAUUGCUCUUCACAUUCGCCCACACCGGCGGAUCCAUUGAAAGUGCAAUCUUCUGCCGUAGGACGCAGUAAGUCUUUCCAAGAACCGGGUGUUAAGCAAUAUGCUUACCAAGGAACCACAGCGCGCAAAAAGAAGUACGCGCGACUUUUUCGCCGCCGUUCAAAAAAACGUCCCAGCGAACCUGCUUCCACCGUCAGUAAAACUUCAAAAAGUGCAUAUAGCUUAGAUAGAGGGAGGCAAAGUAUAGAGAUCACAAUUCAGGAUGAGGACGGUAACUAUCAGGCAUAUGAUGAUGACUAUUUCACACUGAAGGAUGUACGCAGCGGUCUAAGGCGUCGAGUCUGCACCGAUGACGAUGAUGAAUAUGAAGAGGAGUUCGACGAUGAUUUUGUGGGACAUGUGGAAACCCAACCACAGCUUCACAUGGUGCACAGUAGUGGGGCAAGCAGUCCAAUGACUUUUCAUCGAUAUUUGGACGAUAGGCCAUUUAGUGGUGCUAGCGACGACGCCGCAGGUGGUGACAUUAGUGAUGGCGGCAGCAGUCGCAGUCGUUCGCGCAAUAGUGACAACGAAGAGCACGUCUUCGGCCGAUUGUUGCGACGCAUGCAGUGCUUGUCGCUAGGGUGGCGAAAGCACCGCUACUACAAGCGCAGAGCGCGAAGUAUAUCAGAGGAGUUCAGUAGCGGCGAUACGCCACGCUUCAAAGAUGAAGAAUCGGUCAACAAAACUGACGCAAUGCACGCUAGUGCCGUCAGUGGCGGAAGUGGCACAUCAUCGCACUAUCGGCCCGAAUCUACUUCACAUAAAUCGGAAAAGUCAGAUAAGGAUAAAACCAAAAAGGAGAAAGAAAGUGAAGAGAAGGAUAUUGAAAUGGUCAAAGUUUUUGAUGGUAACAAUUCAUUCAGACGUCAACUAUAUCGGGUAAUUAGUGUGCCGCGUACAUAUACCCUGGAACAACUGUUAACUACAGCAUUGCGUGCAUUCCACAUAACACGGGAUCCAAGCGCAUUUUACAUGACCGACUUAUAUGCCCCGUCAGGCAAAGAGGACGCUCCUUUGCAAGAUCCAACGCCCGUCAUGAGCUUGACGCAUUUGGAAGGCAAGAGACCAGCUAUAUAUAUAAGGUUUCAUGAUAAAGAUAAGGGAUACGUUCGUGUUUACCCGGGCAAACUGCAAUGCUCACUGGAAGAGCCAUACGUCAAUGUUCCUGUUGAAAAUACAACUAUUAUUAAGGAUUUGAUUCGAGAUGCGCUUGAUAGAUUUGGUUUACAAGAUAACCAAAUUCAAGAUUACAGAUGUUCCGAGGUAUUGCUAGAUCGUGGUGUCACUGAGCGCAUACUAUCGUGGAAUGAACGCCCAUGGGAUAUUAUGAAACAAUUGGGCAAGGAUUCCAUCAGACAAAUGGAAUUGAUGCGUUUUUAUAUGCAACAUAAGCAGGAUCCACACGGACCAAAUAUCGCGUUGUUUGUUGGAAAUUUACCACCGGGAUUAUCACAACGCAACUACGAACAAAUUUUAAACAAGUAUGUCACCGAUGAAAACAAAUUUACCAGCAUUGGUCCCAUUUACUACGAAUACGGUUCAGUGGUUUUAUCGUUCGAAGAUGCACAAAAGGCGGUUCGAGCCUUCUAUAAUUUACGUGAAACUAUUAUAGAGGAUAAGAAGCUUUUGGUUAUGUUAUUGCCAAACAUUGAACCAAGCAUGGUGCCGUCGGAUGUACGACCACUACUUGUAUUUGUUAAUGUGAAAUCGGGCGGUUGUCAAGGAUUAGAACUUAUAUCGAGCUUCAGAAAACUGCUAAAUCCAUACCAAGUAUUUGACUUGGAUAAUGGUGGACCACUGCCGGGUCUCUACGUUUUCCGUCAAAUUGCCAACUACAAGAUAUUGGUAUGUGGCGGUGAUGGUACUAUCGGCUGGGUAUUGCAAUGCUUGGACAAUGUAGGGCAGGAUUCAGAAUGUUCAAGUCCACCUUGCGCCAUAGUGCCGUUGGGUACUGGUAACGAUUUGGCGCGAGUCCUUUGUUGGGGUUCUGGGUAUACGGGUGGUGAAGAUCCUUUAAAUUUGCUGCGUGAUGUUAUCGAAGCUGAAGAGAUACGCUUGGAUCGUUGGACAGUGGUGUUCCAUCCGGAAGAUAAACCGGAAGAGCCUGCACUUAAGGCGCCCUCAAACACAACGGGUAAGAAGAAGAAGGCUCACCAAGCACACCUUUCGCAACAAACAAAUCAGCACCACCAAAUACCGGCCAUUACAUCGAGUGAAUUAUCAGGUGGGGGUGCCCAGAAUGAGGAUAAUUCACAGAUUUUUGUGAUGAAUAACUACUUCGGUAUCGGGAUUGAUGCCGAUCUUUGCCUUGACUUCCACAAUGCUCGAGAGGAAAAUCCCAACAAAUUCAAUUCUCGUCUGCACAAUAAGGGUUAUUAUGUAAAGAUGGGUCUGCGAAAAAUUGUUGGCCGCAAGACCGUUAAAGACCUGCAUAAAGAACUAAAAUUGGAAGUUGAUGGCAAAGUCGUUGAACUGCCACCUGUUGAGGGCAUAAUUAUUUUAAAUAUUUUGAGUUGGGGCAGCGGCGCUAAUCCCUGGGGCCCUGAUAAGGAUGACAACUUUUCUACACCGAAUCAUUACGACGGCGUGUUGGAGAUUGUUGGUGUUACAGGUGUUGUUCACUUGGGUCAAAUACAGUCUGGAAUACGUACAGCGAUGAGAAUAGCCCAAGGCGGUCAUAUAAAAAUUCACUUAUAUUCAGAUAUGCCAGUUCAAGUCGAUGGAGAACCUUGGGUACAGAGUCCUGGUGAUGUAGUCGUUUUGAAAUCCGCUUUAAAAGCAACAAUGCUGAAAAAAAGUCGGGGCAAGCGACGCCUCACUGAGCCACAUAUUUCCCCAGCAGUGUUAGCCAGUAGUUUAUCAGCAUCGGCAACAGCAUCGGCUGCAGCGGCACAGGGUGCUAACCAAAUAAGUAUCAGCGGAGGCGGCGGUGUCGGAUCGGGACUAGGUCAAGCGGCUUCGGCACCAGAAAAUGGCGAUCCCGACCGCGAGGCAGCGAUUGGCACAUAGAGAUCGCGUCCGUCCGGUCCAAGUUUUUUGUUUUGUUGCUUCCUAUGAUUGUUGAAAACUACAAAAUCACACUUUUGAAAGACAUAAAAGAGAUGCACCUUUAGCAGGACAAAGUGAAACAAUUAAGCCAACAUACAAUAUUUGGAACACACAAACAAAUAAAAUAUGGCAAUUAAGGCCACAAUGUUGAAAAAGAACAAGAGCAAAAUGAAGCGUCGUAACACAGAGCCAACAAUGGCACUCAUCGGUACAGCAACGCCACAAUUCUCGCUGGCACCAACAACUGUGUUGGCAGCUGCCAGUGACACAAGCUUAGGCGAUACAAACACCGAAGAUGCUCCAAAUAAUACCGACUUCUGAAUAUGGUACAGUGAGCGUUUGAUUUAACGUGCUAAUUAAUUUACUGAAUUUUUAAAAGGCAUGCAAUUGAAAAUCUAUUUUUAGGUUUCGUGUAAUUCAAAGUCAACGAUUUUAUUUAUUUUUUUUUUUUU